GAAUCCCCAGAAAGUUCUGAAAGGCCCCGGAAUCCCCAGAAGGUUCCGGAAGGCUCCAGAACCCCCGGAAGGUUCCAGAAUCCCCAGAAAGUUCCGGAAGCCCCAAGAAUCCCUGGAAGGUUCUGGAAGGCCCCAGAAGGUUCCAGAAUCCCCGGAAGGUUCCGGAAGGUUCCAGGAGCCCCUGAAGGCCCUGGAAGGUUCCAGAAUCCCCAGAAAGUUCCAGAAGGCCCCAGAAUCCCUGGUAGGUUCUGGAAGGCCCCAGAAGGUUCCAGAAUCCCCGGAAGGCCCCAGAAUCCCCGGUAGGUUCUGGAAGGCCCCAGAAGGUUCCAGAAUCCCCGGAAGGCCCCAGAAUCCCCGGUAGGUUCCGGAAUCCCCGGAAGGUUCCAGAAUCCCCGGAAGGUUCCAGAAUCCCCAGAAGGUUCCGGAAUCCCCGGAAGGUUCCGGAAGCGGCAGGAUGUGGCACGAGGCGCGCAAGCACGAGCGCAAGCUGCGGGGGAUGAUGGUGGAUUACAAGAAACGCGCCGAGCGGCGCCGCGAGUACUACGAGAAAAUCGUGAGUGAGAACCACUCACCGGAGCAGGAGUCGGACGAGCGCAAAUGCAACUACGAGCGGUACCGGGGCCUGGUGCAGAACGACUUUGCUGGCAUCUCGGAGGAGCAGUGCCUGUACCAGAUCUACAUCGACGAGCUCUACGGGGGCCUCCAGAAACCCAACGAGGAUGAGAAGAAAAACCAAAGAAAAUUCGGUUUUUUGGGGGAACCACCUUUCCUGGUUUUUUUCCUGAAGGAAAGGGGGGAAUUGGGACCACUCUGGGUGGGAAUUCCGGGAUUUUUCCCGAUCCCAAGGUUUGGAUUUUCCUGCAGGAUGCCCUGGCAGGGGGACACCAACAACAUGAUCGACCGGUUCGACGUCCGCGCUCACCUGGAUUUCAUCCCCAUGUACACCCCGGCCCUGCUCAGCCCCAC